UUUGUCGAAUUUAUCCAUUUUUCAUUUUAUUUCAAAUCAAAACUUAUCUUUCGUUCGACAAUAAUCAUGACUUUAUUAUUUCAUAAGCUUCGUUGGGGUUAUAUUCGUAAUAAUUUUCAAAGUUUUUUCUUCACCAUCAUAUACAUUGCCAUAACAUUAUCGUUGUUUAUUUAUCGAUUUGGUCAAUAUGCGGACACAACAAUUGCAUUGGCUAUUGCUCGUGCUUCGGCCAUUGCAAUUUAUUGGCAAUCUGGUUUGAUUAUUGUUUUAAUAUUACGAAAAUCAAUCAGCUAUGUUCGAUCAUUUGGUUUGGCACGAUAUUUUCCCUUGGAUCAUUAUGUCUAUUUCCAUAAAGUAACCGGAUGGUCUAUUGCAUUUUUUUCAUUGGUUCAUACACUUGCACAUUUGUAUAAUUUUGCCAAAUUAACAAAUAUUACGACAAUAUCAUAUAUCGAUUUUCUUGUCUCUGUCAAUCUUGGCAUUGGAUGGUUUUUCGGUUCUGCAUGUCUUACCGGUUGGAUUUUGGUCAUUAUAUUGGUGGUAAUGUUGAUAUUUUCAAUGAAUUUUAUUCGUCGCACAGGAAAUUUUGAAGUUUUCUAUUAUUCCCACAAGCUUUAUGUUUUUUACAUUCUGGUCCUAUUUUUGCAUGCUAGCUCAACACUUCAUUGGUUGACAGCACCAUUGAUAUUUUUGUUAUUUGAAAAAAUUUCCGCUUAUUAUCGAACGAAAAAAUAUCAUCAUGGCCAAACAUAUGUGAUUGAAGGAACAAUGUUACCGUCUCGUGUCAUACGUCUAAUAAUACGAAAACCAAAGUAUUUUCAUUUUGUUCCCGGUGAUUUUGUUUACAUGAUGGUACCAUCAAUCACCAAAUAUGAAUGGCAUCCGAUGACCAUUAGUUCAGCUCCAGAGGACAAAGAAUUGACGUUACAUAUACGGGCUGUUGGUGAAUGGACUAAUCGAUUGUACGAUCAUUUUGAUAAUGCUAAAACUUUGACAUUGAAAAAGAUGCUUGAAGAAUGGAAAUGUCUGGAUUUUCAUCCAUUAUUUAAAGAUACAGAUCCAAUCAACAAAUUUGAUAUCAAUUGUGGCCAUCAUCAUAGUGCCGGUAGUUUAAUGCAGAAACGUACCAUGAUAUUGCCAGUUCCAGAAGACUGUGAUGAAGAUGGUUGUGGCAAAAUUAAAAAACAGAUCAGCAUCGAACAUUCGGAUAGCGAAUCAGAAUCCGGCAGUGGUAUGGUGACUAUUGAAUUGAAUCAGAUUUCAUCACAAUCAACGUCCGAAUCGCAUGAUUCUAAAAUGAAUCGUGAAUCGGAAAAUCACAUACAAAAACCUUUGACAUUAUUGAAAAAUAUUCAUAAAGAUGUUCAAACGAAUGCAGUGUUUCUGAAAGAGCCGUUAAAGAUACAUUUGGAUGGUCCUUAUGGUGCUCCUUCAUCUAACAUUUUUGAAAGCGAACAUGCCGUUUUGGUUGCGACUGGAAUCGGUGUGACUCCAUUUGCAUCGAUACUACAGAGCAUCAUGUAUCGACAUAUUGAGAAAACUCGCCAUUGUCCAUUAUGUAACCAUAGUUGGACCGAACGAGUACCAUCUAGACAUAUAAACAAUUUGAAAAAAGUUGAUUUCAUCUGGAUUAAUCGGAACCAAACAAGCUUUGAGUGGUUUGUAGAAAUGUUGUCUGAUUUGGUUGAACAACAAUCGACAAUUUCGAUCAAAGAUGAUCGUUUCUUUGACAUCCAUAUGUACGUAACGAAUAAGGAUGGCGAAAAGUCAAACGAUCAUAAUCAACGGACAAAAGGUUCAUCGAUAAUUGAUCGUUCACAUAGUAUGAUUAAUUGGCAUUUUGGUCGACCAGAAUGGAAUAGUAUCUUUCAUAAUAUUCGACAACAAAAACGUGGAAAAGUAACAUUUUUCUAUUGUGGUCGACCCGAUUUGAGUGGAUAUUUAAGGCAAAAAUGUAAUGAAAACGAUUUUGUUUUUAAGAAAGAAGUUUUCUAAACCUAUCUACUGUUAUGUUAAGAUUGUUGAUUUGUUUAAAUUAUUUUUAAAAAGUAAUAAUAAAAACUAUUUUAAUAAUUA